UUGCCUAAUCGACGAUACCUCGGAGGAGGGAUCCUCACGAGGGGGAGAAGAAGUAGGGGCCAUAGGGCGGAGUGCACACGGGACGGUGGUACGCGAGUUACCCAGCUUCGGAACACCUGCACGAUGACAGGGCCUACUGCUGCUUGUCUGGAAUUAUCUGGGCGCUUGCACGUUGUUACAAUGGUUGUGGUUGUGCCUCUAGGGCUCCCGGGAUCCGGCUUAUAAAGGCGCACGGAUCUAGGGUUUACAUGGAGAGUCAUAGCCGGAUUACAGAUUGCCUAGUCUACGUUACAAUAUCUUGCCGUGUACGUCAAGGAUCCGCCUCCCCUAUACGUCGUACUGGAUCCGGGUUCCUCAUGGGCCUCCACGGAUCCGGGUUCCUCCAAAGGUCAGUGCGGAUCCGGCUAUCUGCUCCUGGGCCGGACUUCAUCCUUCAUGAUCAACAGCAACUGGGCCGCCCGAUGGGCCACAUGCCACCAUCACCGUCUAUGGGCCACCCGGGCUUGCCGGAUCUAGGCACUGUCGAUGGUACACCCAUGAAGUAUACCCACAACAGUAGCCCCCAGAGUUCUCCGAGUUUCUCCCGCAGUUUCCGCCAUGCUUGCACCUUAUGAUCGCCGGCAUUGAUGGUAACGCGGAGAAAGUUGAAGAACUCCAACUUCAUAUCUUCUUUUUUCCAACUAUAAGUCGGAAGAUUUCCCAUCCUGCGGGACUUCAUCCAUCGACAGCCUUAAAGCAUGUCUCCGGGUUACUCCCCUGCUUGUGAAUGUGAACUUCUUAUCUUCACGCUUUUACCCGGAGUCUUAACAGACUCAAACGGUUCCGCCAAUUCUGGCGCCAUUUUCGCGCGGUUUGUGCGGUAACUUAUCUCUAGCCAUUUUUACCGUUAGGGUUUGGGACACGUGUCAUGCAUCCAACGGCGCGACGCUUGCGUUCCGACCACAGGAUGCGAAGCGCGAAUCUCAUCCCCCCGGCCUAUAAAUAUCCACCGUCGACCCUAACUUCUCAUUCACCCCCAUUCUCACCUUCUCUACGCAGCGCCGCCCGAGAGCUCUACCGCCGCCGUGCCGGAACUCGCCGGAAAAGUCACCGGAGCAUCACCGAAGCGAGUCCACCACCGUGAUGUUCUUCGUGUUCUUAACUCCGACGAGCCACCGCACAAAAACCUCACCGCCGGCGACUCCGACCACCGCGAAGUCCAUUGCGGUAAGUUCUCCGAGCUUCGAUCCUUUGCCGUAGUUGGUAGGGAUGAUUGCUAGGUUGACGACGAGGAUCCGACUAAAUUACGCUUUCCGUUACUGCUUUUACAUCUUCAGAUGUCGUCCAUGACUCCGCCUCCCGCCGAUGAGCCGAUCAUGGCGACGCCCAUUUCCUCCGCCCCGCCUCCCUUCGUCCCUGCUCAGCUGGAUCCUACUAAGGAUUCUAGCAAGGACAUCGAGGGCACCUCAGCUGUCCCUGAAAAAACAUCUGAGGCGGAGAAGAAGGCGGAAGAAAUGGCUACCAAAAAAUCCAAAGCUCGCCAACGGGACUCGGAAUCCAAAGGUAAAUGGUGGCCUUGCACCACCACGAAUAUUGAGCUGCAGAACUUGGAGGGGGAAGGAUUUUUGCAACCCGGAAGUUGGAGGACGACUCCGAAUGCCUUAGCUCCGGCCCCUCAGGACAAUGAGAUGGUGCUGACGAAAGCUUUGGUGGAGCGAGGCUUCUCAUUUCCGCCUUCGGACUUCUUCCUCGAGAUUCUGAAGGCCUAUGGGCUUCAGCCCCACAACAUCUCUCCGAACAGCGUGCUUGCGAUUAGCAAUCACGUCACUCUCUGCGAAGGCCAUCUCCGGGUAACUCCCGAGCUCUCCUUGUUCCAAUAUUAUUUCACUGUCAAGAAGGAGAGGAUCCGGCAGUCCUCCGAGCUGGCGACAUGCGGAACCAUCACCUUUAUGAUUCGCCCGGGCCGCGUCUAUCCCCAUACCGACCGCCAUGAAUCCGCGCGGUACUGGUCCGCAGGCUUCUUCUACUUGAAGGACGUUUCCGACCCCGCGAACGCAAGAAAAUUGCCACCGUUCAAGAACUGCCCCGCCACCGAGCUUCCGACAUGGUCGCAUUGCCCCCACAUCUCCGAGUCACUCCAGCUCACGCGCGCAGUCAGGCGGAUCUGUAAGCUGACGGAGGAGGGGUUGACGGGGAAGGACUUGACCCUUUCCUGGUUCACCAAGCGGAUCCAGCCGCUUCAACACAGGGACCGCUUGAUGUUCCAAUACACAGGGCGCGAUGACCCGAUGCGCGUCACAAAAGACAAUCUCUCCGCCGACGCCCUCGACAAGAGAAUCCGGGUCCUCAUCAAAGUUCCGCGUGAACUCCACGUUCACGUGUGCAACAAAGAUAUCCACAUGAAUGGUUCCGGAACCGCGGUACGUCGGCUUGACUGUAACCUCUUGUUUCUUUUCGCAUUCAAAUUUUUGUCUAAGUGUUUAACUCUGUAUCAGCUCGAAGCGCUCGAAGAAAACGAACUCGGAACUCUUCUCCGGGUUCCUUCCACCGGCAACACGGAUCCAGAAGCCGCGUCGGAGGCGGAAGCUACCGAGGCCUCCCGCCCCGCGAAGAGGAAGAAGGCCGCUCCUUCCAGCCCCCAUGCGAAACGCGCCCGCGAAGUGCCUAGCACUGCUGCUACCCGGAGAGCGGAGGCGGAAAAGAAGCACCUUUCACUGAUUGACACCAGCAACAAGGGGCAACCUGAUGUCCAGCAUUUCUUCAAGCCUUCCGGGUAAGCGCCUAUUUCCGAGAUCCAAGUUCUGGUUUCACGCUCAAACUUUUACUUAUACUUUUAUGUUUUUUCUGAAGCUCCGGAAGCCAGCCCCCCAAGGCCCCAAGGGCCCCGAAGAAAAAGGCCAAGCCAUCUCCGGCUUCUAUUCCUGUUACUCCUGAGGAUGAAGUUCCGCCCAAGGCUUCAUCCGCCUCCAAGCCGGAUCCGAAAGAUGUCAUCAAUGUUGAUGAUCUUCCUGAAGAUCCCGCCCACCACGGCGACUCCGCCAAGGGGACCUCCUCACCCGUUCCUCCGUCAGCUCAGCCAAGCUCCGCUUUCGCGGGGCCCACAGAAGAACAACAGGAGCAAAAGGCAAAGCUCCUUCAAGUUACCAACGCGACUCGAGUCCACCUCCAACCAACUCCGUCCCUUCAAAAGCUUACCCUUUCACAGCGUCACGCGGAAGUUUCCGACAUGCUGAACAAAGUGUGGGGAAAGCCGGACGAGGAGGUGCGUGAACUCGCCGACCUGGAGGACAGCCUGAAGGAGUUUUUUGCCAAGCACAGAGAAGUGCGGCAGGUAAUACUAGCCCCCAAGCAUUGGGUGAUAUAUUUCAGUGUAACAUGUAUUAGCCGAUGCUUUCCCAAAAUGUACCUGAGGCGGAAAUUUUAAAAUUUUUAUACCAAGACUUUGAAUUCCUCGCUAGCCCCCAAGAUUUUAAAUAUCCGACUAACUCCUUGCUGCUUUGCAGACCACGCGGAAAUUGCACGAAGAUCUGCGCGUGCACGUGCUGGAGCAAAUCACGGAGAUCGAGGGGCUGCGCCAGAACGCGGAAAAUAGCCAACAAGCUAUCCGGCUGCUUGAAUCCCGUCUUCAAGGUACGAUAUCUGGGUCUGCUUUUUUGUUCUGAUAUAAUUGUUCAGGAUGCAUAAUAUGUGCAAUUUUGUCUACCUACAGAAGAGACUGCCAAGCACUCCAAGUUUGACGAGCUAUCCGCCAAGGUCCAGGUGCUUGAAGCGGAGAACGAAUCCCUCAAGAACUUUGUGAAGACAUCCGCUUCCCAGGAGAAUCAAGCGAGGAAAGAGCUGUCCGAAAAACAUGCUCGUGACCUGGCGGAGCUGAAUGAAAAACUGGAGAAAAGCCAAGGCCGCGUGAUUUCCAUGAUAUCCAAGAACAAAGUUCUGGAAGCGGAGGCGGAGGCCAUUGACAAACUUAUCUUCCCAAGUCUCGGCUUUGAAUGGUCAAAGGAAUCAAACCUGAAGAGGACGGAGGCAUACGAUGAAGCGCGGAUUUCAAUCGACGCGUUAUUCGAAGCCUGUCGCGGAAUUGCCAAGACCCUGUCUUUGAAGAAGGCAAAAACCACUGUGAUCGACACAAUGACAGAACUUAUGCAACAAGUGCCGGAUUUCAUCAAGGACUAGCAAAAAUCUUCAGCACGCGGAGCCGCCUCCCUAGUCCUGGCCACCUGCAAGGCUCACUUCCCCACGCUCAAACUGGCGGAUGUUGCACGCGGAGCCCCCGAAGAUUCCGACAUGGGUGCCCUCCUCGCGGAGACCGAAGGCUACGAGCAGUUGUUUGUCAGGCGAGUGGAUCACUCGUUCUGGUACAACCAACACGAUCUGCCCUCGGGAUUUUCCGAUGCAGAGGAGGAAGCGGGUGAGCCGGAGUAUUAUGGGGAAGGCUCCGGGUCAAGCGGCGAGCAUUCCGGAGAAGACUCUGGUGACGACUCCAAAGCCGGAUCUGGUGACAGCGACGGCGGCUCCACCUACCAGCAAUCUGAAGAAGAGGACUCCAAGUAGAGUUCCUGUUUUAGACAAUGAAACAAAUUGCAUCAUUUUGGCCCCGGAGUGGGUUUGUAACAUAACUUAAAUUCUUAAGUAGUUAGGGACGAAACAAGCAUGCAUGCGUGGGCGGAAAAUACUUAUCCUGCUAUCCGUUUUUAUAUUAUUUGCAUGUGUUGUUUCUUGAAAGCAAGUGCUGGUUUGAUAAUUUCCGGCUUGCCCACUUGACCUUCCACGAGCCGGAAAACCCGUGCCAGAAACGCUCGCCAGCGGCGACGAAGCCCAAUGGCAAUCCGUCAAUAACCGCGGAAACAAGCCCCCAGCCCAAGUGCCGGAAGUCGCUACCAGGAAUCCAUGGGUUUGCAACAGAAAAAAAUUUCGCCAGAAAACUUAAGCUUACGUCCUAAGGGACGAUUUUGAAAAUCACAACUUUCAUACACGCCUAGGCGGAAAGAUCCAGCUCUGCGGUUUUAGUCGGAAAAGACAUACACGAUCCAGAAAUGAAAAAUUAAAGGAGGUAAAAGACUCUAAGAGUGAACCAAAAGCUUUAUUUCAUUGAUCAUGUAUCAUAUAUAUUACAAGGUAUGUAAUGCGUAAAGCGCUAAGUGUGGAAAGGA